CAUUUGGCGCUUCAAACCCCAACACAACUACAGGCUGCAAGCAAGUGCACAUUCAACUCUUUCCGUCAACCUCUGAUUUUAGUCCUUUUCAUUGGCACAACCGCCACCGCAGCAUCUACUCCUAUUUUCGUUUUUCUACCUGACCUGACAGUUUAAGAUCACCGUAAUUUCUGUUUGAUAUAUUGACGUCGUAAGAUUUGGAUCGCGCGUUCGACAAUGGAUAACCCCCCGACCAAAGUAAACCUUGAAGACAGCGGCUGUGUGGUCGAUGGAUUACGAAGUGCUCUUUUGGAUGGCAACGUGGAAGACCAAAAUUUAAUGCUUGAUCAUUUGGAGAUGUCUGGGGUGAAUGAGUCCAAGUCAAGUUUAAAGGAUGAAACUCCAGUCAAGAAGAAGAGAUUUCAUGUUUUUGUGGCCAAAUGGGAAGAGUCACCAGAGUACAACAAGUGUUAUGAAAUUUGGGAAAAACACAGCUUGUCAAUUAUCCUGGUGUGCGUAACAGUCCUUUUACUCAUCUACAGCAUCGUUGCCAUUGCUCAUAGUGGAUUUGACAAAGCUAAGUCCUUGUUUGGACUUACCAUGUUUUUGUGGUUUUGCAUGACAUACAUGUUCAUAAGUAAGCACUGUGGAGCAGAAAUCUAUCAAGUGGUUUUGAAGCCAAUUGCUGAGGCAUUCAGCAGUAGAUGGCGUUAUUUGAAAUGGGUUCUUUUGGUUAUUGUGUUGGUAUUACUUGGAGUAUUUUUCGGAUUGGACACUGCUAAGAAACCUGAACGUUUUAUUUCCCUUGCUGGAUUGCUUGUGAACAUUCUCUUCUGUUGGAUUUUCUCAAAACACCCAAGAAAGGUUAAGUGGCGACCAGUUAUCUGGGGACUUGCUUUACAGUUUGUGUUUGGCUUGCUUAUUCUUCGUACCAAAUUUGGUUUUGAAGCUUUCAAAGGUGCAGGAAAUCAAGUGACAGCAUUCUUGGAUUACACCAGUGUUGGGGCUGCAUUUGUGUUUGGAGAAGGCUACAGAGAACAUUUCUUUGCCUUCCAGGUGCUGCCCAUUAUUAUUUUCUUCAGUUCAGUUAUCUCACUGUGUUAUUAUAUUGGUAUCAUGCAAGUGAUUAUCAAGAAAAUUGCGUGGCUUAUGCAGAAAACAAUGAAGACAAGUGGUGUGGAGAGUUUGAAUGCUGCUGGAAAUAUCUUUAUUGGACAGACUGAAGCACCCCUUAUGGUUAGACCAUUUCUUGAACAUGUCACAAUGUCAGAGCUUCAUGCAAUAAUGACAGGUGGAUUUGCUACCAUCGCAGGAAGUGUAUUGGCAGCUUACAUUGAGUAUGGUGUAUCAGCCUCUCAUUUGUUGAGUGCAUCUGUGAUGUCUGCGCCAGCCGCUCUUGCCAUUUCAAAGCUAAUGUACCCAGAAACAGAAAUUCCAGAAACUCUUGAUGAUGAAAAUAUUGAACUGCCCAAAGGAAAUGAAAGGAAUAUUAUUGAAGCGGCUGCCAAAGGUGCCAGUACUGCUAUUGCUCUUGUUGCCAACAUUGCAGCCAAUCUGAUUGCUUUCCUUGCCUUUUUGGCGUUUUUCAAUGGAGUCUUGUCAUGGCUUGGAUCAAUGGUUGGAAAACCAGAACUUAGUUUUGAGUAUAUUUGUUCAUAUGUACUACGACCAGUUGCCUUUAUCAUGGGUGUUCCUUGGGAAGAUUCUGAUGUUGUUGCAGAGCUUCUUGGUAUUAAAACAUUCCUAAAUGAGUUUGUGGCUUAUACACGGCUUGCUGGGUUUAUUGAUAACCGGAAAAAAAUGAAUGGCUUGCGCACAAUUUCGAUUCGCUCGGAGAUUAUUGCCACGUAUGCGUUAUGUGGCUUUUCCAACUUCAGCUCGAUCGGAAUUCAAAUUGGAGGUUUGGCUCCGUUAGCCCCGUCACGACGACAAGACUUGGCCACGGUUGCUUUACGUGCACUGGUUGCGGGUACAGUUGCUUGCUUGAUGACGGCAUGCGUUGCAGGUGUCCUUUAUGAUGAGAGUUUGUACGAAGGUGUAGUUCAGAUAGCGACUGCAGCACCCAAUGCAACAGUUGCUCCAUAAAUUGCAGUGUACAGCCAUAUUGUAGAUAGCUAAUGCUUGGGCCUUUUACUUUUUUUUUUUGUACCCUACUGCAAAGCUAAAGAUCUUCAACAGACGACUGGGAAACUUAUUAACAAUCUUGCCGAAGUUAAUUGUUAUAAGUCAGUGGAACCUUGAUUUAAGCAUUGUUAUUUUCUGUAGACUUUAUUGAUCGUUUUCAAGGAAAGAAGGAGAUCGAAUUGUUUUGUUUACAAAGGCUUUCUGUACUCAAAUGUUUCUUUCAACACUUUGAAGGUGAAUGCUGUGCAGACUUUCGCUCUUAUGAUCUGAUUCACAACUCUUCCCUCUGACUGUCAUAAAUUUCCUCGAGAAAUUGGUAUUUUUUCAAAGUAAUGCCCUCCAGCUGAUAACGCUGCACAUUAUUAACUGCUUACUGGAUAAUGUAUCGAUGUUGUAGAGAGAUUUCACAUAACUGAAAGCAUUAGAGCACAUCAGCGCAUAUGCACGCUGAAGGAGAGUGCGUGGGGGUAUCUUUCUUUGCCAUAUGUGAGAAAUAAUAUUUUAGUUCACACUAUACUGUUUUGAUGCUGCUUUCAUGGUAAAUAGAAAAUUUAUGAGGAUAUCAAGUAAGUGUGUGUAAAUGUUCGUUGAAAUAGAAACAGUUUAAAGAGAAACAUUCGCUCGUAUUUAGUAACUCAGAAUUCAAAAGAGCUACAAUUAAGGGGAAAAUAAGAUUCAAACAAUUUAAAAAGUUUACUUUAAACCUGCUAGGAGAUUAGAUUUUUUCUCUUUUGAAAUAAAAUCCCUGGAUAUUUUUAAAAGACGAUUUCACAGUGGGGUAAUAUUUUGGUAAACACCGUCCUACAGCUUAUAGCGUUCUUAAAACUUAAUGAAGUAAAUUUAUCAAUAUCGUACGUUAUUAAUAAAAGA